CCAGGCUGAGGGGGUGUUCCUUGUUAGCGUGUGUUGCGGCCAGAUAGUAUUUCUCCCGGAAAGUUUAUUGAACAGAAAAGUUACUGUUACCUUAACCGUUUGUAUAUGACAAAGGUCAUACCUUAUGGAGGACUGUUACUUGCAUCCAAGAGGGAAUAUAUUAAAGGACACAGGAUAUUACUUAGCCUUAGGAUUUUGUUGUGAUUUUAAGAAGUCUUUUUGGAUGAAGACAGUCCAUACUUAGGCGUUUACCUGCGUCAUUGGAAAAAAUCCUUCAUGACAGUACGUGAGUGGUGCGACAGAGCCGUUUCGUGUGGUCCCUGGUGUUGGAGCGUGGCUAGAUGUGUAACAUGAGCGAGAAGGAGGGAGAGGAGCGGGCGCCGCUCAUUGAGGAGACGUCGCAGCUGCUCAACCCGUUCGUUCAUCGACUCGAACUGAACACCGCCUAUGACAAGUUCAAGCUGGUGUUCAUGUCGAUCUUCGUGGUGCCGGUGCGGGUGUUGGGCAUCAUCCUGUGCCUGAUGAUAGCCUACGUGUUUGCCUCGGCGGGCCUUUGGGGGCUCUCCAGGGAAGACCUUGCUGCCAGGCCUAUGAGCGGGUGGCGCCGGAAGAUUCGAUGGUAUAUGGGCUUUAUUGGUCGCAUGAUGAUGAGGUGCUAUGCCUGCCAAUGGAUCAGAAUCAAGGGGCGCAUGGCAACCAAAGCUGAAGCUCCAAUCCUUAUUGUUGGGCCUCAUAGCAGUUUCUUUGAUGCCAUCGCAGUUUACUGGUCCAAUGUCCCAUGUCUGGUGAACCGCAUAGAGAACCUACAACUACCCCUCUUUGGCAAAUAUAUUGACUAUACACAGCCCGUGUAUGUGUGGCGAGAAGACACCAAUUCUCGCCAAAAUACUAUCCAGGAGAUAAACCGUAGAGCUACCAGUGAUGAAGACUGGCCACAGGUAAUGAUUUUCCCUGAAGGUACGUGCACCAACCGUUCUUGCCUCAUCACUUUCAAACCUGGAGCGUUUUAUCCUGGAGUUCCUGUUCAACCUGUUAUCAUCCGCUACCGCAACCGCACGGAUUCAUUUACAUGGACUUGGGAUGGCCCCGGAGCACUUAAAAUGCUGUGGGUAACACUGUGCCAGUUCCAUAACUUUUGUGAAUUGGAAUACUUACCUGUGUACACUCCUAGUGAGGAGGAGAAGCAAGAUGCCAAGCUGUUUGCCAGCAAUGUUCGACAAGUCAUGGCCGAUGCUCUGGGUGUUCCUGUAGCUGACUAUACUUACGACGACUGCCGAUUAAUGUAUAAGGCUAAGCUCAAGCAUCUACCUUGUCAAACUGGACUCAUUGAGUUUCAGAAGCUUCGUCAUCGCCUUGGUUUGAAUUUGAAGAAUGUUGAGGAGGAGUUGUUGAGCCAGUAUGCAGACAUUGCCAUCAGUGAUGGACAGAUCACACUCUCAGACUUUGCAAAGUAUUUAGGCAUCCCUGAAUCUGAGCCAGCCCUUGUUGAUCUGUUCAAGGUUUAUGAUAAGGAUAACUCAGACACCAUUGAUUUCCGUGAAUACCUGAUAGGAUAUUGUCAGUAUACACAGCCAGCCAAUACAGAAGACACCCUCAAGUGGGCCUUUAAGUUGUUUGAUCGUGGGGGCAAAGGUCACAUCCUCCUCGAUGACCUCGUUAAGGCUCUUCGUGCUUCCCUGGACAUGACACCGGAAGAGACCACACGAAUAUUUAAACAGGCCGAUCAGGAUAACAAGGGCUACAUUACAUAUAAUGACUUCCAAGCUUAUGCCAAGAGGAAGCCAGAAUAUGCAAAGAUCUUCCUGACUUACCAGGAGAGUAUCAAGAAUGGCACAAGACUACGUUCUGUCCACCACCCGCCUCCAGGCAAGAAGAAAGCAGAGUAAUUGUAGCAUCAACUGAUCUUAUUCCUUUCAUUUUUAUCCACUAUGUUCUUCGUAGAGUAUUUUGAGAAUUAUUUAGUAAUGUGUUCUGUAUUAAGGAGAGGGUAAAGUAUAGCAAUAUUUUGGACAUCCUAAUUUUUUUACACCCAACUGUUGCUGAUUGUGUCACAGUUUUCAGAAUAUUAACAAAGAAUUUGAUAGGAGACAUAGUAGAGCAAGUUACCUGUUGGCUCAGUUUAUCAAGUUGUUUUAGGACAAAGUGUACGGUAGUGCAAAAUUGAAUGCGUGUUUAGUAUUUUUGUUUCUUAUCAAAGUGAGGGCUAAGAUGUGAGCAGAGAUAAGUUAUAUAAUAUUAUAUAAUUUGCAGUGGUUCUCCCAUCACUUGUACAACUCUCAUAGAUCUUGAAAUAAACAAAUAGAAAUUG